AGGUGCAAACAAAGAAGAAGAAUGCCAAAGAGGAUAACCGUCUCCCGUGGCAAAUAUGGCCGACCGUGUCAAAAGAUGAUUGGGAAGAGUUCGUUAGAAUGAAGAGUCAAAAGAAAGCCAUUGAACUUCGAGAGCAAAAUCAAGCGAAUGCAGAAAAGAAGGAAUACGUCCAUCGUAUGGGUCCUAAGACUUUUGCUGAAAAGAGACCUGAGUGGGCCGCUUUGGGUUUAUACCCUAAAGCGCUUCUAGUGGCAUCGAAGGAACCCUCUAGUUCCACGAUCACUACAUUGAUGAGUCGUGUCGGUGAUUUCUUUUGUUCUCUCCAUUCGUUUGAUAAGAAAACCGGAAAAUGGUUCAUCAAGGGUCCGGAAGCCAAAAAACUGGCGGAUAAGCUUCUUGAGCACACUCAAGAGAUGGUGGAGGGCAAAUUUGAACCAAGUGUGGAGAAUGACCCUUUCACCAUGGCUUUGGGAAGGUCAUACCAUCCAGGACGAGUAGUAGGUUCGGGAGGGUCAUUGCUUGGAUGGAAUAAGGUGAUGGGUCCCGAAUACACAAAAUCGGGUAGAUCUCAAGCCAGUGUUAACUUACCGGGGGAGUUGGAUUCCAAGGUGGCAUCAAUUAAGGAACAAGUACGCAAAGAGUUAGUUGGUGAAUUGAAUGCUUGGGCGAAGCUGAUGAAUUUACCGGCUUUGCCUGCAAAUUUGGUUAAACCCCAAUUGACUGAUGUACUAUUAGAUGGAGAUGCACUCCAUAUAGAUGCAUUUGUCAUAGUUUAUGAAUCUAAAUAUGGAACCAUGUCUCGAUUUUCCCCUUCUCAAACAUCCAAAAACGUAAGUAAAAGGGCCAAAGAUUUAUUUACACAAGCUGCUAACAUGAUGUCUAAGUUUUCAGGUACGGAAUCAUCAUCUAGAAGAACACAAAGCAAUGUUUUGGAGUUGCAAAUGUACUUAAGUUACGACUUCAUGAAAGGCAUGGAUGAUGAAGAGAAGUUCGGCCUCGACAACCUUGCUUGGUGGAAUUCACAAAGCACGAAACAUCCAAUUUUGGCGGCAAUGGCCCGUGAUAUUGCUAUCCAAGUCCCCUCUGGUUCCUCCGAAAGAGGUUUUAGUGCGUCGGGAUGGGUUUUUAAACGAUAG